AACAUCCAGUCUCCUCUGACAGUUAUGAGAGCUACGGUCUUUGCCCCUCUUAUGUAUUAAAACAGGCGCGCACCAGCAAUGUCAUGUACCCAUCUCUUGGUUUGUCAUUUGAAAAUCUACCAUGGUCGAGCCCUACUCAUCUCACCUCAUUAUUUGGUGCUGUUCCGGUGGCUCAGCAGCACAUAUCCCCAGAUCAGCCGCAGCCUACAGGAGAGCUACAGACUUCUGGAACUGCCCGACCAAGCUCAGAGCAGCUCUGCCCAGGUCAAAGAAGCCUACCUCCGCCUUGCCAAGCUCUACCACCCCGACUCUGGAUCUCCCACUGCUGACCCUGUGUUAUUUGCCAGAGUGGAAGAGGCAUACCGCGCUGUACUGGCACAUCAGAGCAAGAAACAACGCCCACAUAAAGGAAUAGAAGAGGAUGAGGAAGGAAAAUCAAAGGGCGCCGCUCUCCCACAUAGACACUACCUGAGCUAUGAAGGUUUAGGAUCUGGAACGCCAAGCCAGAGGGAACGCCAGUACAGGCAAAUCCGCGUGGACCGAGCUUCCGAGGAGGUGCUAAACUACCGGCAAAAAGAACAUGAAAAGGCGGCAGCGGAGGAGGGUGCACUGGUGGAGCGAGACAUGCGUCAGCGCAGUCGUAAGAUCAAAAUCACUCAAGCUGUGGAAAGGCUAGUAGAAGAUCUCAUUCAAGAAUCAAUGGCACGCGGGGAUUUUAGGAAUUUAAGUGGAGCUGGAAAACCACUCAACAAAUUCCAGCACAAUCCAUAUGCUGAUCCAAUGACACAUAAUCUGAACCGUAUUCUCAUUGACAACGGUUACCAGCCCCCAUGGGUGGUCACUCAAAGAGAUAUUCGUGAAAUGUCGACCCAUGUGCGGAAUAGGUUGUUGGAAGCUAGGACAAGGUUUGGUGAACCUAUGACUUGUCAGGAGAAGAAGGCCUGGGAGGAGCUGUGUGCUUCUGUGGGAGAGGAUGUGGUCAAGCUAAAUAAACUGGUGGAUAACUACAAUCUGAUAGUUCCAAUGAUCAAGAUGCAAAUGGUGCACUUCAGUUUGUCCCGAGAGAUUGAGCGGGUAGAGAAAUCAGCUCAGCAGCAAAGACUGGAGCAGGAGAAGGAAAGGGGGCAGGAUAGAGAGAGAAGAAUAGAGGAGAGGAAAAGAGCCAAUGCACAAAAUAAACCCCAAACUAUUAAAGCAGGACUAAUGAAAUGGAUGCACAGGUUUUUCAAAUGA